AUGAAUUACGUUGGACAGUUAGCGGGGCAAGUGUUUGUAACUGUGAAGGAGCUCUAUAAGGGACUAAACCCAGCCACAUUGUCGGGAUGUAUAGAUAUAAUUGUUGUAUGUCAGCCAGAUGGAAAUCUUCAGUGUUCCCCUUUCCAUGUACGCUUUGGGAAAAUGGGAGUUCUACGUUCUAGGGAGAAAGUGGUUGACAUAGAAAUUAAUGGAGAGGCUGUAGAUUUGCACAUGAAACUAGGAGACAAUGGAGAGGCCUUUUUUGUGCAGGAGAUGGACAAUGAUCAGGAGGUAAUUCCUUAUCAUCUCUCCACAUCUCCCAUUCUGUCUGAGGCAACUGCUUUAAUGGAAGCUCAGUUGAAGAGGAAUUCCAUAGACAGGCUAAGAAACCUGGACACCAGUGCAUCCUCACAAGUACCACCCCAAGCCCAUGGAUCCCAGCCUUCCACUGAAACAUCUCCAGUCAGUAGCUCUGUGAAAAAAAGGAGGAAAAAGAGGAGGAAAUCUACCCAUAAAAUAGACAGCUUGAAAAGAGAAGACAAUGGAGACACAUCAGAAGACGAAGACAUGUUUCCUAUAGAGAUUAGCUCAGAGGAAGAAAAAGAACCGUUGGAUAAUUCAAGGUAUCACAGUGAAAUUGAGAUAUGUAACGGAAACCUACUGCUAGUUUCUACGUUUUCUCAGUCUGCAUCUUACCCUCAUUCAGAUGGAGAAUGGUCAACUCUUCAAAGCCGAUCAGGUUCACGCCCUCCUACUCCUCAAAGUGACUCAGAAUUAGUCAGUAAACCUAUGGACCGAAGUGGACUGAAGAAUAAUCCCCACAUGCACUGGGCAUGGGGAGAGCUACCUCAGGCUGCAAAGGCCAGUUCUCUGCUCAAAGCAAAGGAACCCAGUGUGGUGGAUGUAAAUCCUUCUGAAAGCACUCACUUUCGGGUCAUCCAAAGUGCUCCUGUAGAGGAGUUUAACACUGUGUCUCCUCUGCCUGCCCUUGGACAAGCAGAUGCAGCAAGUGCUGAUGAAAGUGAGCCCUUAGCAGCCGAAACAAAUAAGCCAGAGACAGAGUCUCCAGGAGCAGCUGCACCACCGUUGCCUGCCAAUGAAGAAAUAAAACAAGCUGCAACUUGCUCAGCCCAACCAGCUGGCAAGACAGAUUCCCCUUCCAGAAAGAAAGACAAACGAAGCCGGCAUCUUGGUGCUGAUGGUGUCUAUUUAGAUGACCUCACUGACAUGGAUCCAGAAGUUGCUGCACUUUACUUCCCCAAGAAUGGGGAUAAUGUCCAAAGCAAGACCAUGAGCGACGUGGGGCCACGGUCUGCCAGCCAGUCUCCGCAGUCUGUCGGGAGCUCAGGUGUUGACAGUGGAGCUGAAAGCACCUCGGAUGGAAUUCGAGAUUUGCCCUCCAUUGCCAUUUCUCUCUGUGGAGGCCUUACUGACAGCAAAGAAAUAACCAAAGAAGAAUUCUUAGAACAUGCAGUAACAUAUCAGCAGUUUGUGGAUAAUCCUGCUAUCAUUGACGACCCUAACCUAGUGGUUAAGAUUGGAAAUAAGUACUACAACUGGACAACAGCUGGUCCCCUUCUGCUGGCAAUGCAGGCAUUCCAGAAACCUUUGCCAAAGGCCACUGUGGAAUCUAUAAUGCGUGACAAGAUGCCCAAAAAAGGUGGAAGGUGGUGGUUUUCAUGGCGAGGGAGGAACAGCACUAUUAAAGAGGAAACAAAACCAGAGCAAGGCAUGAGUGGGAGUGGACUUACAGGAGAAGACUCUUUGCAGAUGAGCCUGUCAAACAGAAUAAAAGAUGAAUCUUCUUCAAGCGAUGAAGACCCCAGAGCUGCCAAACAAAACCUUGGGUCAUUACAAACCAACUCAAGUCAUCUCUCAUUAUUGUCUGGAAUCAGUUACAAAAAAACACUGCGACUCACUUCUGACCAGCUUAAAAGCUUAAAGCUCAAGAAUGGCCCCAAUGAUGUGACUUUUAGUGUUACAACACAAUACCAAGGCACUUGCCGCUGCGAAGGCACCAUUUACCUAUGGAAUUGGGAUGAUAAAGUUGUUAUUUCUGACAUUGAUGGAACAAUCACACGGUCGGAUACUUUAGGUCAUAUUUUGCCGACUCUUGGAAAGGACUGGACACACCAAGGGAUUGCAAAGUUGUACCAUAAAGUGAGCCAAAAUGGAUAUAAAUUUUUGUAUUGCUCAGCACGCGCUAUUGGAAUGGCAGACAUGACCAGAGGAUACUUGCACUGGGUCAAUGAACGAGGAACUGUGCUGCCUCAAGGGCCAGUGUUGCUGAGUCCAAGCAGCUUGUUCUCAGCUUUUCACAGGGAGGUGAUAGAAAAGAAGCCAGAAAAAUUUAAAGUUCAGUGUUUGACAGACAUCAAAAAUUUGUUUUAUCCUAACACAGAACCUUUUUAUGCUGCUUUUGGAAACAGACCUGCUGAUGUUUAUUCAUACAAACAGGUGGGAGUUUCUUUAAACAGAAUAUUUACAGUUAACCCCAAAGGAGAACUUAUACAAGAGCAUGCAAAGACAAACAUCUCAUCCUAUGUCAGACUGUGUGAAGUGGUAGAUCACAUUUUCCCUUUGCUGAAAAGAAGCCAUUCUUCAGACUUCCCUUGUUCUGACACCUACAGUCAGUUCACCUACUGGAGAGAACCUCUGCCGCCCUUUGAAACUCAGGAUGUACAUCCAGCCUCAUCUUAACUGCAUCUCC